AUGGGUACGGAGGUAUGCACUGAAUUGGCUAACCUAUUCCAGACUCAUGUGAGCCUAGAUCUGAAAAUAAAACAGCAGCAACAUCUCUCCCAAAUGCAUAAAUUCCCAUUCCAUAAUAGUACAUAAUGUUGCUAGCAAAUUGCAGCCCCUGUGCAGCCUAAUGCUGCGAAACUUCCAAUCCUUCUAAAUGCGAGCUUUUUGAGCAAGGCCAUUAUCCUCUGCUACUCGUCGAAUGGAAAUGGAACCCCACAUCCUGUGUCGAAAUCCGUCAAAAAAUUGCAAUGCAAACCUUUUUUAGCAACUCAAUCGAUUCAUCGAACAAAUCCCAACUCCUGCAUAUAA